AUGAUACGUGACAAGGAGUCACCGCCCAAAGGCCUGGUGCAAAAGCGGCGUGAACAGUUCACUAACGCAGCCACAGCUGAGGAGUAUCGUCCCUUAUCAUCUCGUUCGGAUGCAGCCCAAGACGAAAGGUGCAAAUUGAUCGGAUCCGUUAUGAUUUUCGAGCACCGGCAGACAUUCUUCGACGGAAUCCCUGAUGAUCCCAUAGGCGAUGAGUGCUGUGAGACGACCACGACCACAGAGCGUCUGAGUCGGCGACAAAGCGAAUGUCCGAGUUGUCCCGCAACGCUUCGUGGCUUCCCCGUCGUCACCGUAAGCGUCGCCGAUCCAUCAUCCAGAAGACGUUCGCUCGGCGAGCUUCAUCAGCCGGCCGUUGUGCAUGUUCGCGAUAGCGACACCGUAGGACCGACUGUGAUCCCAGUGACGCGUUCGUCACCCACCACAUGCAAUCGCCCCGUUUCUCCGUCCAAGAAAAAGUCUUCGCGCCCGAAUAGCCGCCAUGCCGUUCAAGUGGAACUCUUUGACUCGACAUCGCUGACCAUCCCUCCUCCAACGGAUCGCUUCCCGCUA